AUGGGCCAAAUACUGUCAGUUUAUGGUAGGCUGCGGAACAGGAAAUGGGACGUUCUGGAUGAACCCGAAGCCGCCAAAGAAAAUGAGCUCAUGUUCCAAGGAUUCGAAUGGCAUGUCCCAGCAGACCAGCAACACUGGAAUAGGCUCCGUGAGAGCCUCCCACGGCUGAAAUCAAUGGGCGUGAGCAACAUCUGGAUUCCCCCUGGCUGUAAAGGUGCUACAGACGGUAAUGGGUAUGACAUCUAUGACCUGUAUGAUGUAGGCGAGUUCGAGCAAAAGGGUCAAACUGCGACAAAAUGGGGAUCCAGGGCGGAUCUCGAAGCAUUUAUUUCUCUCGCGAAUGAACUUGAUAUCGGGAUAUACUGGGAUGCCGUCCUGAACCACAAGGAUGGAGCAGACACUAAGGAAAAAUGCAGGGCUGUCGAGGUGGAUCCUAAAGAUAGGAAUGUCAAUAUUGCUGAGCCAAGAGAGGUAGAAGCCUGGCUAGGCUAUGACUUCCCUGGCCGCGGAACCAGAUAUAGUGAAAUGAAAUACCAUUGGUACCAUUUCAGUGGAAUCAAUUAUGAUACCCUCCAAAAGAAAUCUGGAAUUUUCAAACUGAUUGGUUCAGGAGGUAAGGAUUGGGCGAAAGAUGUUAGCACCGAGAAUGGGAAUUAUGAUUAUCUUAUCUUUGCCGAUGUGGACUAUUCCAAUGCUGAGGUCAAAAACGAUGUUAAACACUGGAUUGAAUGGUUGGGAACCCAAUUUAAAUUGAAAGGGCUGAGACUAGAUGCGGUCAAGCAUUAUUCACGAGCGUUCUUAAAAGAAUUCAUUCAGCAUAUCCGAACUACGGUGGGGAAAGACUGGUUUCUUGUUGCAGAGUUCUGGACUGGGGAUAUCAGUAUUCUGCUAAAUUAUUUUGACCAGAUGGAAGGGCUCGUGUCUCUGUUCGAUGCUCCUUUGGCAGAGAGAUUCUCUCUUUUUGCAAAGGAGGGUCAAGAUAUGCGAAGGAUAUUUGACAAGUCUUUCGUGAAGAUUCAUCCGCAGAAGGCAGUGACCUUUGUUUCCAACCAUGAUACGCAACCAGGACAGUCACUCGAAAUAUUGAUAGACGCUUGGUUUAAACCUCUUGCAUAUGCCCUAAUCCUCCUUCGUCGGGAUGGUUACCCGUGUCUGUUUUACGGUGAUCUAUACGGCAUAACCAACACCGAACCAAAGUAUCGACUUCCACCGAUCGAAAAAUUAGCAGCGCUUGCGACAAUUCGAGCUAUGUAUGCUUAUGGGAAGCAGAGAGACUAUUUUGACCACAGGAAAUGUAUCGGCUUUGUUCGUUACGGCGACACGGCACACCCUUCUGGGAUGGCGUGUGUACUAAAUGCUGGUUCUAGCGCUGCAGCUACAUCGAAGACAAUGUAUGUUGGCAUUCGACAUGCCGGAGAGAAGUGGACGGAGGUAUUCUCAUCUGGGGCUUGGACUUCGACUUUCUGCGGUCGUAACUGCGGUUGUGGUCGGGAGGGAAGAAUUGGACCAAAGAGUGUGAGUGUUUGGGUUGAUGAGGGAGCAGAGGGCCGAGGGCAGGUUGACGUAAUCGCUGAGCAGUUCGUGUGA